AUGGCCCCAGCCCAACACGCGCACAGGCGACGACGCUUGGCGUCUGGAAAGGGUGCAGCCAAUGUCGAGGUCCUGGAGUGGACGAUUGGCGGCGAUGAUGAUGGCCACGAGAAUAGCGCGCCGCCCCGGAGACGGCGAAAGCGAAGGUCGCAGAUCCCACAAUCUAUCUUCGUUGGUGAGGACGCAUCGAGAUCGACGACCAUGGAAGCGACCGCGAGCGUGCCUGGGAGCACAUGGCCAUCCGCACUACCCAGCAACGACGCUGCGCUGCCUGUCGACGAUACGGUUAUGCCCACGACAACCUCUUCACUUAUGGACUUUGUCAACGCGCCCCCCUUUGUGACGAUCUCAGUGACGUCGACCACUGCAUCCAUCACUUCGAGGACGUCCAUCCCUACGGCUAGGCCAACCGACGACACAGAUUCGAGCGGGGACUCAUUGUCUGACUCUGGUAUCGACUCGAGCAACUCUGAGGACGACGGCGAACCGUCUGACUCUGAUUCCGAGGAUGACCAGCGUCCCUCCAUUUCACCCAGACCACCACCUCCCGAUUCUUCUGGAAGUAUCAGGCUUGAGCCGCCACCCUCCAAGUCGGUGCCUAGUGGGCAGGAGACCGGCUCGACAUCUAGCCCCAAUCCAAAUGCCUCGGCCGAGGCCUCCAGAGAGGCUGAGAUGCAACAUCACCAGGACACCAGAAUGGCUCUGAUCAUUGUGGGAUCUAUCGCCGGCGUCGUGUGCUUGGGUAUUGGCCUGUGGUUCCUCGCACGCUGUAUUCGGCGCCGUCAAGAUCCUGAUAAAAGCCGCGGGUCCGCUUCCGGACGAUAUCGACCCCCGUCUUUGCUGCGGCGCGUUCCCUUUCUCGAAAGGCGUUAUGCUGACCGCACCUGGCUCAAUAUUGACGCGCCCGAGAAGACUGCCCCCAUCGGCGAGAAGGAUUUGCUGGCGUACCUCCCCGACAAGCCCCCGGCCGUACAGCCUGACAUCCGGGUGACCAGUGCCACCUUGGAGACCUAUGCGGCCCCACCAACGGCGCCGUCUCAUGCGGCUUUUGGGUACGCGGCGUCCAACCCGCAACCCCCCUACUCACCGACCGAGUCUUCACUGUCCUCUGCCUAUGGGAACGGAACAUUCAUCCCUCCGACGCCUCUGCACCCACCGCCACGGCGCGUUCCCGAGCCCGACGACGGGGAUGAAAUGUUCCCACCGCCACUGCCGGUCAUGCACCGGUCCCGCGACACAGUCUACACACAGUACUCCCAGGCGUCGUCCGUGCCACAGUUCCGGACUGUCAGUAUGUGGGUUCGCCACCAGAUCAAGCGGCUGGCGCGGGAUCCUGUACCAGAGCAAGGCUACGGGCUGAUGAUGCCAGAUGAGGAGGCCCCCCGGAGGGUCGUGGUGGCGCCACAGGGGGUUGGUUAUUCGCAGUAG